CACACGGGCAGGAAUCCACGAUUGUUGUUUUCGCUCUCCUUCAGCAGCGAUGUCGAAGCAAAAGCCGCUUUGUAUUAUAUGCGAGCUACCGACCGCGGAUGGCGGCAUCCCUUUCGCGCAGAUGGACAGGAAGAAACUGAAGACCUGGCUGCCGAUUAACUGCGGGGGCAAAGAAUUACCCAAGAACGUCAAGGACAAGCACCUUAUUUGCUACUUUUGCAUCUGGCAGGCCGAGUUCCUCGCUAUAUAUGUGUACAGAGACGAGUCUUUGGCGUGGUGGCCGAAAAAUAUCAAAUACGACCGUUACAGGAAGCAGUUGCGAAAGAAUUUUUUAGAGGGAAACGCAGACCAGUGUUGGGUGCAAUUAAAGGUGAUUGACCUGCCGAAAAGCGAGAAGGAAACGGAGAAAAUCGUAAAGAAAGCGCAAUCGAAGGUGAAGAAAAUGUGCGUCUACUGCUGCUUCGAGUUCAACCUUUCGGAUUUGCGAGACCACACGGAGGCGAAGCACAAAGACUUUAUAAAAUGCGAUAUUAAAAAAUGCAUCAACUAUUUCCUCAAGACUGAAGACAAGAAAAAACACAUGCAAGAGUGCCACGCAAAUCCCCCCAAAAAGCAAACUACGUCGAAACGCUCGAUCUGUGAUGUAGAAGAGACAGUAAAAACCAGUGAAAUCCCUGAAAAAACUAAAACCACUGAAAAUCCCAAUCCUGAAUUAACAUGUCCUCCCCAAGGAUGCGACCAGUCUUCCCAAACCGAAACCGAAAAGCAAGAAGAGCCCGUCUUACCAUCUCACGAAGAAGAUAAAGAAGACGCUAAAAAACUCAAACUCGACUCUGGCGAUGAGAAAGCCGUUCCUCCCGUCCAGGAGUCGUCAUCUAUUAGAUGUACUAGCUGCGAAGAAAAGUUUUCGGCGGUAAAGGACCUUAUGAGUCACUUUAAAACCAAGCAUAUGUCUCAAAUGUGCAUAAUCUGUAACGUAGAAAUUGUCCCCGACUCGAAAGUGCGUCACAAUAUGUCCGAAUCGAAAUGUUCGCUCUGCCAGGAGUCUUUCAAAUGCUCGGCUUUGCUGCAAUCGCACUGGAAGAAAUGCCCGAUGGUCCAAUUCAAAUGCAAAGAGUGCCCAAGAGCUUAUCAACACCAAUGGCAACUCGAGCAGCACGUGUUAAAAGCACACACAAAACGGCCGCCUGGAAACGACACUGCGCGCACGUUCAAAUGCGAACCUUGCCAGAGAUUUUUUGAAUCGGACGAUGUUCUCAAAAUUCACUUGCGUGACAUGCACACCUUUACCAAAUUCUUGCUUGUGAAAUAUGUGAGUAAUAAUAAAUAGUGAUAUGUGAAAC